UGACCGUGGGGUUGGAUGAGGAGGGCAUGCAGGGUUUCAAUUGGGUACCCUGAGGCGCGUCGCGCAAAGAUUCGGAGAAUGAGCUGCGAAGCAGAAUACUUCUCCAAGGGCUUCGACUGGGAAGAACUAAGAGCAGAGAUCGAAGCAAAUCCUUCUUUUCGUUACCACUUACUACCAUAUGAGCCGUCGUCUUUUGCGAGAGAAGCAGAAGCCGACGUGGAUGCCUGGGAGCAAUUUCACACCCGUCAUUCCUCGGGGAAAUUCUUUAAGGAGAGACGAUAUUUGGUGAAGGAAUUCCCUGAACUGCUUUCCUGUGGAGAAAACGCAGUUUUGGAAGUAGGUUGUGGCAAUGGAAGUACUGCUCUCCCAAUUUUGCGAGCGAACAAAGAUGCUAUUGUUUAUGCAUGCGACUGUAGCAGCAAGAGUUUAAAUAGGGCUCAAGAAGUUAUAGGUUCUGCUACAAUUGGCUCUUUUGAAGAUCGUUUCCACACAUUCUGUUGUGAUGUUUGCACUAAUGGAUUUCCCCCGUGGUUGGCAUGCAAUUCUUGCCGAAACAAGUUUUUACAAAAGCAGUCAAACUGUGUUUCAGAGUCCAAGGAGGGUAAUGAACCAUGUUUUACCAAUACAUGUUCACGGGAGGGAUAUGAUGGUUGUAUUGGUGGAGUAGAUUUUAUAACCUUGAUAUUUACUCUGUCAGCAGUGCCACUGGAAAGAAUGUCGAGGUCCAUCAACGAGUGUUUUGCUGUGUUGAAGCCUGGAGGAAUGGUAUUUUUCAGGGACUAUGGUCUGUAUGAUAUGACCAUGCUUCGGUUUGAGCAAGCUAAGAGAGUCGGAUUCAGGGAAUACAAGCGGUCAGAUGGCACACGUUCAUAUUUCUUCUGUUUAGAUACUGUCAGAGACCUAUUUGUGGGCGCAGGCUUCACUGAGCUCGAGCUUGAUUAUUGUUGUGUCAAGUCUCUGAAUCGUCAGCAAGGGAAGAGCAUGCGAAGGGUGUGGGUUCAUGGGAAAUUCAAGAAGCCUACGUUGGUUUAGAGUUGUUUUCUAGAAUAUUUGCUGAAGUGAUGUAUGGGUUCCAGAGAACGCAUCCACCCUUUGCCGCAGAUUAUUUUAACGUGAAGGAACUUGUUUGGUUGCAUUCGUCAAGUGAUGAAAUUUUACGGAUAUGAAGUCCGCUGUUUUCUGAAUGCACGAACCUGGUCCAGGUGAGAACGGGAUCCAGAGCAUUAUUUGCUUUACAUUUGUCAACUCGCCUGCUUGUGUUGAUCUGACGGAGCCAAAAAACCCUCACUGCCUCAUGGUAAACAAAAACAUUUUUUCA